AUGCACUUCACUGUUCGUCGCGCGCGCGAGGAUGACAUUCCCACCAUCGUGACAAUUAAGACAGAGUCCUUCUCGGACAGUCCUUACCAAAAAGCCAUAUUUCCUGACCAUUUGCGCAUCAAGCCUGGCCUCCAGGAUCAGCUCGACCACUACGGACCCCGAAUGAAGAGGAGUGCGCAAGACCCAUGCAACUAUUAUGUUGUCGCUGUCGUUCUUGAUGAGUCGGGAAACGAGGUCAUCGCUGGAUUCGCAAAGUGGGUUGCCCCGAAUGACGGCCGUCGCGCCCAACCCGCACAGUCCCAAGCGGGGACUGCUGGCACAGACGAGGCGACGGUCAAGCGUACGCCGGAGUGCCUGGACACAGCCGCGGCAGAACGCAGCGACGGAGAGAUUGCUCAGAUGAUGAAAGCUGCAAUGCCUCUAUUUGGCGACAAGAAGUUGAGCGACAUGUGGACGUUGAACUCGAUUGCUGUUGACGAGAGGUACAGAUCACGAGGCAUUGGGAAGGCGCUUACGCGCUGGGGCAUGGACGCAGCAGAUGCAGAAGGAAAGGAUAUCUGGCUCAUAUCCGCGCCUUCAGGGCGGGCAAUGUACCUCUCGCUCGGCUUUCAACAAUACACGUCGCUGACCGACACCCGACCGCGCAUGCGGCUGGCCAAGUGA